GUCGUUCGCUAAUUGGGCAACGUCAUCAUUUGCUCUCGUUUUUUCUCAAAAAGUAUUAUACCCAGACGCUUUACAUACUUUUUAAAAAUUUUCUUAUACCAGACAGACCUUAUAAUUUGUUCUACUCUUUUCAACUAAUUAGUGAAUACAAUAUCAUUAUGCUACAGCCGGAGACACAAAAAAACGCACUGAAUAUCUAGCAAACUGAUGGAUUGUGAAUUGAGCAAACGUACUGACAAAAUAAAAACAAAAAUUGUUUCAGAUACAAUGUUGCCUAAAUUAAACACAAUUUUUUUUUAUUUUAUGAUAAUAAGUUGUACACAUAUGUAUAAAUACAUCUUGAACAAUUUUGUUAAUAAUCAGUUUACAAUCUACAUUGCACCUACAUACAUAUGAUAUUGAACUUUGAUUUUUUGAAUUAAUUAACGAAAAUUAACAUAGCACUAGAAAUGUACUCAAAAAAUAUAACAAAUUUUCUUCAACAUGGCUUAAAAUUCGUUUUAAAUAAAAGAUUAAAUUCAACUUUAACAGGAGGACCAAGUUUUAGAUUAACUGCAGAACAGACUGAAAUAGUAGAAUUAGCAAAGAAAUUUAGUAGGGAUGAUAUUGCACCUGUUGCAUCUCAUCAUGAUAAAACUGGAGAGUUCCCUUGGCCAUUAGUUAAAAAGGCAUGGAAAUUGGGUUUAAUGAAUGGACAUAUUCCAAAUAAGUAUGGCGGCAUGGGACUUGAUGUACUCACUAAUUGUUUAAUUGAUGAACAAUUGGGAUAUGGCUGUGCUGGAAUUAUGGCGCCAAUUGUGGUUACGUCAAUUGGACAAUUGCCAGUUAUCAUUGCAGGAAACGAAGAACAAAAAAAGGAAUAUCUGGGGCGAUUAACAGAAGAACCGUUACUAACUGGAUAUUGUGCAACAGAGCCUAGUGCUGGGUCUGAUGUUAAUGGCAUUAUGACUAAAGCUGUAAAGAAAGGUGAUGAAUAUAUAUUAAACGGACAAAAAAUGUGGAUAACAAAUGGUGGUGUAGCUAACUGGUACUUUGUAUUAGCUAGAACUGAUCCAAAUCCAAAAGCGCCUGCAAAUAAAGCUUUUACUGGAUUCAUAGUUGACGCUAAUACUCCGGGAGUUACGCCUGGUCGGAAAGAAAUAAAUAUGGGACAGAGAGCUUCUGAUACAAGAGGAAUAACUUUUGAAGAGGUAAGGAUAUCAAAAGCGAAUGUUCUUUCCAGAGAAGGCGACGGAUUUAAAAUAGCAAUGCAAACAUUUGACAAAACUAGACCAAUGGUAUCGGCAGGUGCUGUAGGUUUGUCUCAAAGAUGUUUAGAUGAAUCAUUAAAUUAUUCUUUACAAAGAAAAACAUUUGGUGUUCCUAUUGCAACCCAUCAAGCUAUAGCAUUUAUGUUGGCUGAUAUGGCCGUUGCAAUAGAACUUGGAAGACUUUCUUAUCAAAAAGCUGCUUGGGAAAUAGAUAACGGUAUAAAAAAUAGUUAUUCUGCAGCAAUUUCAAAACUUUUCACCGCUGAUAACGCAAUGCGAAUUGCUAUAGAUGCUGUUCAAAUUUUUGGUGGCUGUGGAUUUAAUUCUGAAUAUCCAGUAGAAAAAUUAAUGAGAGAUGCAAAAAUUUUGCAAAUAUACGAAGGAACUUCUCAAAUACAACGUAUAAUUAUAUCUAGAAUUUUAUUAGAAAAAUCAAAGGCCUAAUAGUCAUAUUAGAUCCUGGAUUUACUACUUUCGUUGCAUUUAUUUAUGGUUUUUUACAUAAAAAUUUUUUAUCAAAUUUCUGUAUUUUAAUUAUAAUGUUAUAGUUCCU